UUCACACAUAGCAACAGACUUCAGAGUGCUGUCUACUGCUGUGGAUCUAUCUUCCUCAAACAGACAACUUCAUUUUUCUUUGAAACUACGAGAGGAGGCAAAGAGACACAAUGGAGAUGGAGACAACUUCGGUUCCCUACGAUUACUACGACUACGACGAUGAGGCAGAAAACUCCACCAUGUGUGACUACUCAGAGUGGACGCCGUCGUACUCUGUCAUCCCGGUACUCUACAUGCUCAUUUUCAUCCUUGGCCUCUCUGGAAAUGGAGUGGUCAUCUUCACCGUGUGGAGAGCCCAAGGCAAGCGGCGAGCUGCGGACGUCUACAUCGGCAACCUAGCCCUGGCCGACCUCACCUUCGUGGUCACUCUGCCCCUGUGGGCUGUCUACACAGCCAUGGGCUACCACUGGCCCUUCGGCGUGGCCCUGUGCAAGAUCAGCAGCUACGUGGUCCUCCUCAACAUGUAUGCCAGCGUCUUCUGCCUCACCUGCAUGAGCUUUGACCGCUACCUGGCCAUCGUCCACUCCCUGUCCAGCACCCAGCUGCGCACCCGCGGCUACAUACGAGGCUCCCUGACAGCCAUCUGGGUGCUGUCUGGUCUGCUGGCGGCCCCCACUCUUAUCUUCCGCAACACCAAAUCUGACGCCGAAACCAACCGCACAUCCUGCGCCAUGGACUUCAGCCUGGUGCUGACGAACAAAAAUCAAGAGAACCUGUGGAUUGCCGGCCUCAGCAUCUCCUCCUCGGCCCUGGGCUUUCUCCUGCCCUUCCUGGCCAUGAUGGUGUGCUACGGCUUCAUCGGCUGCACCGUGACCCGCCACUUCAACAGCCUGCGCAAAGAGGACCAGCGCAAGAGGAGGCUGCUGAAGAUCAUCACCACGCUGGUGGUGGUGUUCGCCGCCUGCUGGAUCCCCUUCCACGUGGUGAAGAGCGCCGACGCCCUCUCCUACCUGGACGUGUUCCCCGGUACGUGCUCCUUCCUGCGCUUCCUGCUGCUGGCCCACCCCUACGCCACCUGCCUGGCCUACGUCAACAGCUGCCUCAACCCCUUCCUGUACGCCUUCUUCGACCUGCGCUUCAGAUCCCAGUGCUUGUGCCUACUCAACCUGAAGAAGUUCUUGCACUCCAGUCCGGCCAGUUCCUUGUCCUCGCAGAAGACAGAGGCCCAGUCUCUGCCGACGAAGGUGUGACCACAGCUCAGGGCCCGGAGGCAAGCUGGGGAGGAGGUGGACAAUGCAGAACAAUGCAGGUAAAUCAAAACCUUGUAGCGUUGGGUGCUGUCUUAGAGAUCGCCAGCAGUCAGUUUCAGGGUGUCACCUUUCACUCCCCUCUGACUCUGCGGACGAUAGACUGAGGAAGACUUUUGGGGCGUGAACACGCUGAAACCCCAGCCUCACUUCCAGUCGCGGGGAAGCACAACUGAGCUACUCAAGCGCAAUGGGAUCAAGCCUGACCGCAGACUUUUCUUGCAGAAAAAGUGGAAUGUAUUUUCUCAAGAGGGCAUGAGUUCUCCUGUGGACUUUAUGCAAAGUGACAAGCUUUGAACUCUGAAACCAUGUCCUCAAGUCACAGUGAAGUGUAUUGCUCAUGCAUUUGCCCCUGUUGUUCUUAUUUGCAUUAGUAAGCACUUGAGGUUUGUAAUCUUCCAGGCUGCUCUGCUCUCCAGCUCCGUCUGCAGUAUCUGCACCACAGCCAGCAGUAUUACACGUGUGUGUGAGAGGUGUUGGAGUCUGAUAAGAGUGUGUGUUGUAAGUGUGUGUUGUAAGUGUUGGAGGGGGGUGCAGACGGAGCAGACAGACAAGCAGAUGGCAGCUGACAAAUGUUUUCAGGUUGAUGAAAGGGCCCAAUUAAAAGGUGACUGUUUUGGCAGUCUGUCCGAGUGUGAAGGAAUGAGCGUGUGUCUGCUGAACGUCAGACUAUCAAUGAAUUUGUAUCUGGAAACAGCAUUUAGUUUUUUUUUGUGAAUACACAUUUUUUUCAACUCAUGUCUACAAUUUUGUUAUUAAAAAAGGUGCUUUGAAAAAAAAACCCAAACAACAACA